CUGUCUGCAAGCAUUGAGCUGCCUGGCGCCAUCCUGAAAGAAUGCCUUCACUGUAAAAAAAAAUAAAAAAAACUGAGAAAGAGCGAGAGAGAGAGAGACAUACACACACUGGGACGGAGAGAGUUCAGAGAGAGCUAUAGAGAGUGGGCGAGAGAGCAAGAGAGAGAGAGUGAGGGUGAGGGAAGCGAAGUAAGUGGAGAGGGUUGCCGCUGCGCACAAACAGAUUUGAUCUGUGAGUUCGGUGCUAGUCCGCUUGCACUAAGCUACCUACUGCAAACAAGGCUGCGUCUAAACAUAUACCUCUGCAACUUGUUGAAUCGGCUUAAUAAUAGAAACUUUGUCAGGGAAAAGUUUAGGAACUUUUGAGUGGGACUGGAUACGACCUUGGACUUAUUCAUGACAACAUUCAAGUGAAUCAUUAUUUUUUGAAUGUAUGUUUUGAACAAUUUUGUUUUAUUUAUUAUACGGGCAUAUUCACCUUAAUGUGAAUCCCUGCCAAAUAAUCGCAUUUGAAUAUAUUGAAAAUAACAUCUACAUAGGGGGAACAACAUAUUUUUUAAAUACAUUUUUAUUUUUUAUUUCCAGGUGAACGAAGGUAACGAAGAAAACUGUGGAUUAAACAAAGCAGGAAUUCGGACAGAUUUUUUUCUUAUUUGACUUGAAUCGGUUCACUCCGGUGUAUAUGAACGUUUGCUAAAAAGCUAUGGAAGUAUCCGCGGACCAACCCCGAUGGAUGAGCCAUCACCACCCAUCGGUGCUAAACGAACAGCAUCCCGGCUCGCACCACCCGGGCCUCGGCCACUCGUACAUGGACCCCUCGCAGUAUCCCCUCGCCGACGAUGUGGAUGUACUGUUUAAUAUCGACUCACAGGGCAACCACGUAUCUCCAUACUAUGGGAACUCAGUCAGAGCCGUCCAGAGGUAUCCACCACCUCCACAUAGUAGUCAGGUGUGUCGCCCUUCUCUACUGCACGGCUCUCUGCCAUGGCUGGACGGGAGCAAAGCGAUGCAGCACCACAGCACUUCCCCGUGGAACCUGAGUCCUUUCCAGAAGAGCUCACUGCACCACGGUUCCCCGGCAGGUCUCUCUGUCUACCCCCCGGCGUCCUCCUCCUCCCUGUCCGGGGGCCACUCCAGCCCGCACCUCUUCACCUUUCCCCCCACUCCUCCGAAAGACGUGUCCCCGGACCCAGGCAUCUCCACUCCGGGCUCAAGCAGCAACAGUCGCCAACAGGAGGAGAAAGAGUGCAUAAAGUACCAGGUGUCCCUGGCCGAGAGCAUGAAACUGGAGUCUCACAGCCGGAGCAUGGCAUCAAUCGGAGCGCAAUCAUCCGCCCACCAUCAUCACCCCAUCGCCACAUACCCAUCCUAUGUCCCCGAAUACGGCCCAGGCCUCUUCCCACCAAGUAGCCUGAUAGAAGGUAGAGAGUGCGUUAACUGUGGAGCUACAUCGACCCCGCUCUGGAGGCGGGAUGGCACUGGUCACUAUUUGUGUAACGCCUGCGGACUCUAUCACAAGAUGAACGGGCAGAAUCGGCCCCUCAUCAAACCCAAGCGACGACUGUCUGCAGCAAGACGCGCAGGAACAUCAUGUGCAAACUGUCAAACGAGCACGACAACACUGUGGCGAAGAAACGCCAACGGGGACCCCGUGUGUAACGCUUGCGGUCUAUACUACAAACUGCACAAUAUCAACCGACCUCUCACCAUGAAGAAGGAGGGCAUUCAGACGAGGAACAGGAAGAUGUCCAGCAAGUCGAAGAAGAGCAAAAAGUCCCACGACAGCAUGGACGACUUCUCCAAGAGCCUGAUGGAGAAGAGCAGCUCGUUCAGCCCCGCCGCUCUGUCCCGCCACAUGUCCUCCUUUCCCCCCUUCUCACACUCCGGCCACAUGCUGUCCACCCCCACGCCCAUGCACCCCUCCUCCUUCGCCCCUCACCCCCACUCCAGUAUGGUCUCUGCCAUGGGCUAGAAGACCCCAAUGGUACCACCCACCUCCCAGAACCCCUCAACCAACCCUCCCCCAUCCUCUUACUCCCAGUUCUUUUUCGCUUACCUGAAUCCCAAGCUGAAAGACAACCAAACCGCUCUCUGCUGCCCAUAACCAACCGCUCUGCUCCAUCACCAAGCCGCCUAUGAUCUGACCUCAUUGUGAGGGAGACAGGCUUUAUGGGUCCUUGCUUUUGUUCAGUUGUCUCUUUUUUAAUCUUUAUCAAGUGUAUCUACUGCGAUCCUCAAAGCCUGGCAGACUGACUCACUAACUGUGGUUUUCCGACUCCUCGGAAGACCACAUUGUUGUUCUCCGACCCAACCUGGGAGAAAAGAUCCUGAAACUUCACCCACUCCCUGACUGUCCUCCCAGCUGAUAACCCCCAAUCUGGAAACCCAUUUGUGUUCAAACAUUUUUCAUGGGAAAAGCAAAGAUUAUUAACAAUCAUUACAAAAGCUACACCUUUUAUGAUGCCCCCCUCCCCUUCCCACCCUACUUCACACACCUGUAUGACAGGACCCCCCGACCCCUGAGCCGUGAGAAGAAGAGAGGAGAUUAACUUUGAAUAUAUUUGUACAAAUUGUAUGAAAUACAGUACAUUUAACGAAUACUUUUUAAUUAAGUAAAAUGCCCCUGGGCAGCUAACGACAGAAGGGUACGAUUCAAGGCAAGAAGAGACACUGCCACUGGAGAGUAGAGGAAGAGAGGACGCCUCUGCUUCCUGGAGAGAGGGAUGAGAGGACGCUUCUGCUUUCUGGAGAGAGGGAUGAGAGGGAGGAGAGGAAAGGACAGAGAAAAGGACAGGCCUUCACUUUCGCCUGCUGGAGAACAUGUUUGAUGCAUUAAGCUUCUAGAGAGUCUAUUGUUCUGACUGCAGGCGUCUCUUUUUUGGAUGUGCUAUAGGUCUCGGGCUGUUGGUUUGUGUUCACAUGCUAGCACAUACACACAUAUUCACAUAUCAUACUUUCACAUACACACACAUAUUCUCACAUCAUACUUUCACAUACACACACAAACACACACUGCCACAUUGGAUCACCUGAAAGACUUUCUUCCGGCCCACAGAUUAUAUGCAUUGUGAAAAAAUUCCUGUAUUUGUUAUUUGUAUGUAUAAUUCAGAGUACCAAAAAUACGAAAGAAACAAAGAUGUAGAAUUAUUUCUUUAUGUUAUGCAGACUGAAUGGUUGUAAAAAUUUAAUAAUAAUCACUAGUGUAAAAAAUGACUGCUUUUUUGUUUCGUAAUUAUUAUUAUUUUCUUUGAAAAGAAUAAACUAGUUUAAUCUCUGUUGACAUGUUA